AGGUACUGUCAAACAUUGUUAGACGCGCUCGUGUUUAUUUUCGUCUCAUCUUUUCGAAUGUGUGAGUGUAUAUAGUUGUGAUACACGUCCGGACAUUGUUGUAUUAGAAUAUUUAUUUAAUUCAUAGACAGUGUCGAUAACAAUUAGCGAUUUUUAAAUCAUUUUUAUAUAGGUUAUAUUAUAACAUUAGAAUUAAUAACACAAGUGUAUAUAAAAGGUAGAUUGAAUAAGAACAGUACGGUAUGGCAACAGAAUUCAAAAAUUUGUUAUCCGCUAGAAAUUUAAAGACCGCUUUAACUAUGCGAUACAACUUGGAAGGCUGUGAGAAAAGUUUUUGCAAUGAGAAGAAUCUAGAUGAAUCUUUAUCAAUCUUAAAUGAGGAAUUAGAAUCUUUUAAUAUCUCACCAGUCAAUAUAUACAAUAAUGGAUUGGACUGCACUGAAUCAUUGAAAGAAACUUCUAUAAAAUUAAUCAAUUCGUUAUGGAUGUUGUUACAUAAACACAAAAUGAUGAUGAAAUCCUACGAUGAGCUGAAUGAUACUUACGCUAAGGUCUCAAAUGAUAAUAGUAAUUUAAAGAACCAUGUUAAGCGACUUAAAGAAGAAUUGCAGAAGGGACAGAUGAUAUUAGCUCAAACACAAGAAAGGGAAAGAAGACUUAAAGUACAAAACGAUGCCAUUUCACGUGAUUUAAAACAAGAAAAAACUGAGGUUACUAAAUUGAGGAAACAAUCCUUGUCGAAGAACAGUCAACAUGAACACGAGCUAAGAAGGAUCAUACAAAAUGGAAAUAAACUACGAGAACAGUUAGAGAAAACUGCUGGUACGCAUGUGCCUAAAGGCAAAGUAACACAAAAGGUACAAAUUGAUCAUGAAAAAGAAAUAAUGGUGUAUAAACAAACGAUAUGUCGUUUGGAAGAAAAUAACAGAUUGAUGUUGCAAGAAAUAAAUGAUCUAAAAGAUGCUUUGUCACUUCAUACCACUGGUGUCGAAUUGCAAAUGGAAGCGUCUGGAAUUUGGAACAACACUAAUGUAUAAAUAAACUGCAAGUAGGUUACUGACAAUACUUUCUACAAAAGGUGAGAAUUAGAUCUAAUACAGUAAUAUUAUAAAAAAA